AUGGUAUCCAGUUUUCGUGUUUCUGAGCUGCAAGUGUUGCUGGGGUUUGCUGGACGUAACAAAAGCGGGCGGAAACAUGACCUCCUGAUGAGGGCACUGCACUUACUGAAGAGCGGCUGCAGCCCAGCAGUUCAGAUUAAAAUCCGAGAACUCUAUAGGCGCCGGUACCCGAGGACGAUCGAAGGACUUUCGGACUUAUCAGCUAUCAAACCUGCUGUUUUCAAUUUGGACAAUAGAUCCUCUCCUGUCGAGCCUGACCUGGCUGUUGCUGGCAUUCACCCACUCCCUUCUACUUCGGUCACACCUCAGUCUCCUUCCUCACCUGUCAGUUCUGUGCUCCUCCAAGACACUAAGCCCCACUUUGAGAUGCAGCAGCCAUCCCCUCCCAUUCCACCAGUUCAUCCCGAUGUUCAGCUGAAAAGCCUGCCUUUUUAUGAUGUGCUUGAUGUGCUGAUAAAACCUACAAGUCUAG